AUUACCCAUGAAGCCUUGCUGCCGGCUCUAAAUCUAACAGGAAAACGCGUGGGUUUAUCAACACAUCUUCUUGUAAACAUCACAUACGUGUUCAUCUUUAGCACAUGAAGACAUUAUCUCUGAUCAGCACGCUGAUACUGAACCGCAGACUCUGACUGAGAGCGAUUCUCCGUUGAGUUUAUUCUCGGGCUGACAGAUGGCGUGAAGCAGAUGGGCGGAAUAUAGGGCACGCAAACACAUCGCGACGCACGCGUCUGCGCUUAUCGAGAGGCGCGAUGGUGGAUAACCGGCACGCCACGGCUCUGGUGAUCGCCGGUGUUCUGAGCGUGCUGGCCUCAGUGUAUCUGUCGGUGUCCAUCGGCUCUCCGCACUGGUUCCGGUACACGAGCCCGCCGGUGCGCGCGGAGCCCAACGCCUCGGAGCUGCGCGCGCUGCAGGACGAGUUUCUGGACGGAGACUUCGACGAGAAGAGCGUCAGCGACGCGCUGUUCCGCAUGAACGGGACGCUCGGACUGUGGUGGAGAUGUGUCCAGACGCCCGCGGACGCGCACUGGUACAGAGAACCCGAUCCAAAGAUGGUGAUGGAGUGUGUGAGUUUCACUCUCUCUCAGCAGUUCACUCCAAAAUACAAAGAGCCUGGAAACCACAACAGCGGAGAAGAUCUGAUACGAACCUAUCUGUGGCGCUGUCAGCUCCUGCUGCCGCUGGUCUCUCUGGGUCUGGUGGUUCUUGGUGGUUUGAUGGGGUUCUGUGCGUGUCUGUGUGGCAGUCUGACCCCGGCGCUCUUCAUCGGCCUCCUGCAUCUGCUCGCAGGCCUGUGUUCUCUGGCGACGGUGUGCUGUUUUCUGGCUGGGAUGGACCUGCUGCACCGUGUGUCUGUGUUGCCGGAUCGUGUGGACGGUGCUUUGGGCUGGUCGCUGUAUCUGGCGCUCAUCGCGUCUCCGCUGCACAUGAUGGCCGCCGCGCUGCUGGUGUGGGCCGCUCGAAGCCACAGUCAGAGCUACUACCGCAUGACGGCCUACAGAGUCGCCUAAAUCACCCCCAGCGGAUCCACAACCAACCGUGAAUCUAGUGCACAUAACUGUGGUGAUUGUGUUGAAGAGAGACACCUGCUAGUCCUGUGUGUGUGUGUGUGUGAGAGAGAGUGUGUGUGUGUGUGUGUGUGUGAGAGAGAGAGAGAGUGUGUGUGUGUGUGUGUGUGUGAGAGACUGUGUGUGUGUGUGUGUGUGAGAGUGUG